AUGUCAAGUGGUGGAUGCAGCAUAGUUUGGUUCAGAAGAGAUCUGAGGGUAGAGGAUAACCCUGCACUUGCAGCAGGUGUUAGAGCAGGUGCUGUGGUUGGUGUUUUCAUAUGGGCACCUGAAGAAGAAGGACAGUAUUACCCUGGUAGAGUUUCAAGAUGGUGGCUUAAGAACAGUUUGUCUCAUCUUGAUUCAUCUUUGAGGAAUCUUGGGACUCCUCUUGUUACCAAAAGAUCAACUGAUAGUAUUUCUUCUUUGCUUGAGGUUGUUAAGUCCACUGGAGCCACUCAAAUCUUUUUCAACCAUUUAUAUGAUCCAUUGUCACUCGUGAGGGAUCAUAGAGCGAAGGAAAUUCUAACGGCUCAAGGAAUUACGGUACGAUCGUACAACUCGGAUUUGUUGUAUGAACCAUGGGAUGUGAAUGAUGAACAUGGCCAACCAUUCACAACUUUUGAUUCUUUUUGGGAAAGAUGCCUUAGCAUGCCUUAUGACCCACAAGCACCUCUUCUCCCACCUAAAAGAAUUAUUCCAGGUGAUGUAUCAAGAUGUCCUUCUGAUACAUUGGUGUUUGAAGAUGAAUUAGAGAAAUCAAGCAAUGCGCUUCUUGCUCGAGCGUGGUCACCAGGGUGGAGCAACGCAAACAAGGCAUUGACGACAUUUAUAAACGGUCCACUGAUCGAGUACUCCGUGAAUCGCAGGAAAGCAGACAGCGCCACAACCUCAUUCCUCUCCCCACAUUUGCAUUUUGGAGAAGUUAGUGUCAAGAAAGUCUUCCAUCUCGUCCGAAUUAAGCAAGUGUUUUGGGCGAACGAAGGAAACAAAGCCGGCGAAGAAAGUGUUAACUUGUUUCUCAAGUCAAUUGGUCUUCGAGAGUAUUCAAGGUACAUCAGUUUCAACCACCCUAAUAGUCACGAAAGGCCACUACUUGGACACCUUAAGUUUUUCCCUUGGGUGGUCGAUGAAGGAUAUUUUAAGGCUUGGAGACAAGGAAGGACAGGUUACCCUUUGGUGGAUGCUGGAAUGAGAGAGUUGUGGGCUACAGGUUGGCUUCAUGAUCGAAUACGCGUUGUCGUUUCGAGUUUCUUUGUGAAGGUUUUGCAGCUUCCUUGGAGAUGGGGGAUGAAAUAUUUUUGGGAUACCCUUUUGGAUGCUGAUCUUGAAAGUGAUGCUCUUGGUUGGCAGUAUAUAUCUGGUACUUUACCCGACGGUCGUGAGUUCGACAGAAUUGAUAAUCCACAGUUUGAGGGAUACAAAUGUGAUCCGAACGGAGAAUAUGUGCGACGCUGGCUACCGGAACUUGCAAGACUACCGACUGAAUGGAUACAUCAUCCUUGGAAUGCACCAGAAUCAGUUCUCCAAGCUGCAGGUAUUGAACUUGGCUCAAACUACCCUCUUCCGAUUGUGGAAAUAGAUGCAGCAACAGUGAGACUGGAAGAAGCACUUAUUCAAAUGUGGCAACUAGAAGCAGCUUCAAGAACUGCAGCCGAAAACGGAACCGAAGAAGGUCUCGGAGAUUCGACAGAAUCCGCCCCUAUUGCUUUUCCUCAAGACAUACAAAUGGAGGAAAGACAUGAACCUGUUAGGAACAAUCUGCCUCACGGUACCAGGCGCUACCAAGAUCAAAUGGUACCAAGUAUGACUUAUUCUAGAGUGAGAGUGGAAGACGAAGAAACUUCUUCGGUUCGAAACUCGGCAGGCGACAGCAGAGCUGAAGUGCCAACUAAUGCAAAUGCACAGCAAAAUGGACGGGAACCAAUGGACCAAGGAAUGUUGCAGAAUGUAAAUAGAAACACUAGACAACGGCGAAAUAACACUACAACUACAACUACGUUUUGGCUGAGAAAUACAGCGGAAGAUUCAACAGCAGAAUCUUCGAGUAGUACGAGGAGAGAAAGAGACGGAGGUGUAGUUCCGGAGUGGUCGCCACAGGCUUCUAACUUCUCAGAUCAAUUUGUAGAUGAUGAAAAUGGUAUAGGAGCCACUUCACCUUACUUGCAGAGGCAUCCACAGUCUCACCAAAUGAUGAGUUGGACACGCCUACCUCAAACUGGAUAA